AUGUCCACUGUCCGUAGUGGCUUGAAUCUGCACCAGCGGCUACAUGUAUCUGAGCAACCCAACGCCUCGGCCAUACUGCAUACGCCUUUCGAAAUGCUGGAGCUCGAAGUACAGAACCCCGUCGCCUAUCCUACCCUGGUCCCCUUCGAUCCGAUAUCCUUCACUGCGGAGCCAUACCGUAGUCUUACAGCUGCUGCCGACGAGAAUGUGGCCUCCAGGCCAUCCCCUGGGCAAACGGGAUAUUGCUCUCCACUGCUUGUUAAUGCUCUGCUCUACUGGGCCUCGCAAAUGUACCGUGCCAUUGACCCCAAGACGGACGAGCUUGCCAUGCGAUUUUCUUUAGAAGCCGAGAGCCUGUGGGACAAGGAAUUCGGCAACGAUAACGUCGUCAACAUCGCCGCGGCGCAGUUUUUGAGUCUAGGUUUUCUCGGCCACGGCCGAAACCACAAAGUUUUGCAAUACAUGGGUCAUGCAUCUGAUAUGGCGCGUCGGAUGAAUCUGUUCGGUUCUUCCACUAAUGAUGAGACUAAUACGACACUAUCCAUUAAAGAAAUGACGGCCGAGGAAAGCCGAGCUCGCAUGUACGCGGCAUGGGGGGUAUUCAACUGGAUCACGCUGAUGUCACUCUUCUACCACCAGCCUGGGCUCAAGUGCCCGAGCAGGCCACCGAAUUUACCUAUCCCGGGAGAUGAUCAUUCGGACGACCAAACUGAAUUUGAGACGACCUCAAGUCGGCCGUUGCCGCCUUUUAUGGGCAGCACUUUCCCUCACCUCUGCCAUUUCUGGCGCAUCGUUCAUGAGAUAACUGUUGUCUACCACACGGAUGGAAAUCCGCAUUUUGAUGACCGCACGGCGCUACGUUUCGCAGAGUAUAAAUUCCGGGAGUUGUUAGCCUGGAGCAAUGGCCUGCCAUAUACUCUACUCCGAGGGGACGACAAACCUCAUCACGUCCAGAUCCUACAUCUUUGGUUUCACGCUGCCGUUCUCGAACUCUUUCGUCCUUGCGUGCAGACCAAUGCCGCCGCAAAACGGCGUCUACGGACCUUCACGAGCAACUACAGCUCCCCUGCGGCCGUGUGUAACGCAUCGGUGGGGCAGCUCAAGCGCCUGAUCCUCAACUUCCGCCUCCAUUACAAGUCGUCGACCUACACGAUCCUCUGGCACACUGCCAUGAUAUACGUCGCCAACGCCUUGCUGCACGACGCCAAGGAGGAGGGCUGGUUCUUUUACUUUCUCCUCUGUGUGUAUGGAUACGAGAGGCUGCGGCGGUCGUGGCGUGUGACCGGGGCCGUCGCCAAGGGCUUGCUGGCCAUGACGCUACGCAACGGAGACAUCUCGAGCCACAUGGCGCGACAAAUCCUCCAGGACCUCGAGAGGAAGAAGCUCAGCGAGAUGCCCGAGCCUAUCAGAGCACAGUUCCCGGUGGACCUGGACCUGGCGCUAUCAGACCCCAAGUCCGCAACGGCAGAGAACCUGGCAGAUAAGUUUGAGUACACUGCCAUGCUCGGCGACUAUACGCAUGAGUUUGAUAGCGCUCAGUCCAGAUAG